AAACGUUUCUGGUAAUUAUUUGUUGUUUAACUUCCUGUUAAACAUAUGCAAACGGAGCCAGCGUAGGUGAAUGGUGAGCUCUUAUGCCUUAUCAGAGCCAGCUGACGUCCCGUGCAUGCUCCGAUCCCCCCAGCCUGCUGCUGUCUGGCUUAUCAGCGCUGCUGCUGCUGGAGGAUGGAGGAUGCUGUCGAUGCUGCUGGAUGCUGCAGCCCAGAUCCAGCAGAGGAUGUCAGCAUGGAAACGUGAGGGACAGCUGGAAACCGCUGCUCGAAAGGAAGCAGCCCAGAAGAACACGGGUAAACACUGAUGAUGUUUAUCUGAUUCAUUACUUUCACCUCAUCCAGAACCGCUGUCUACGUGCCGUUAACUGGGACCUAAAGUCGCUCAUGAAACGGGAUUUUAUUGAUCUUAACUUACCCUGAUAUCUGCCCAGUUCUCGGUGUUCGCGCAGCGCAAGUGAAAGAGUGCGGAUUCCCAUCUACCCAAAGUUUGCUGGUAUUUUUCCUGGGAGGAGGGGAUGGGAGAGACGCUGAAGGUGCUGUGUUAAUUCUGGAUGGAUGCUGCUUGCAAGUUCUCGCCGUUCAGACAGAGCUGCGUCUUCAGGUGGGAGACACAUGAGGAGCGCACAUCGGGUUCUUUUGGUCGGGAAAAGUUUGUGGUGGAGGAUGGAGGCACUGCUCCUUAUUUGGUUUCUCGGUGCACACUGAGCUCACUGAUGCCCUUCUACACGUGGGUUUAUUAAAGCUCAGCCGGUUCGUGAAUGGAUCUGUAAUUCAGCGGGUUAAUGGAGGAUGUGUUUCCAAACUGUGGAGCCCUGCUCAGGCUGGAGAGGAGAGCAGCGCACACCCAGAUCCAUCCUGGAACCAUAGCAGUUUGGUUUAAACAGUAACCUACAAACAUCUCAAAAUGUUCAACUGCGGAUAGAGAAGUGUCCCGCAUCUACCUCCCUGCAACCCCUCUCUAUUCAUUUUUCCUUGUUACUCAUCUUUGUCUUUUCCCUUCCUCUUCCUUCAACUCUCUGCCAUCGUUUCUCCUACAUACCUCUGUAACUCCUCUGGUCAUCCUCUCUUCUCCCCACCCUGAGACCCACCACCUUCUCCUCCUCCUUCAUCCCCGCAGCACACAUGCAGGCCAAGAAGCGGUACCUGCUUGUGUCUGUGGUGGCCGGUCUACUCUUCCUCAUCUACCUGUGGGGUCUGCAAAUUGGGGAGUUACAGCAGCAGCCAUAUCAUUAUCCUCAGAUUCCCCAGUAUCACCAGAACCACCAGCAGGACUACCAGUACAACUACUACCAGAGGCAAGACGUCUACCAGUCUCAGCCCCUGCCCCAGAGACUACCAUCCAGACCGGCCAGACAUUGGCCGGAGUUGAUCGAGCUGCUAGAACCGUACCUGGAGGGAGGAGAGCAAGAGGAGGACAGCCCUCAGCUCCAUCACCAGCACACCUCUCCUCAUGAACGUCGGGCAAUCCGAGACAACAUCUACAAGAACAAGCGCUGCCGUAUGGAAACCUGUUUUGACUUUUCACGCUGUCAGUCGGGCUUCAGGGUUUACAUUUACCCUCCGCAGAGAGGGGAUGAGAUCUCAGAGACCUACCAGAAGAUCCUGUCCUCCAUCAGGGAGUCUCGCUUCCAUACCACGGAUCCUUCCCAGGCCUGUCUGUUCAUUCUGGCUGUGGACACAUUGGACAGGGAUCAGCUCUCAUCUCUGUAUGUCCAGAACGUCAGGUCCCGCAUCCACAGCCUACCGACGUGGAACGACGGCAGGAACCACCUCAUAUUCAACCUGUACUCUGGUACAUGGCCAGACUACACAGAGGAUCUGGGAUUUGAGGUGGGCCAAUCCAUGCUGGCCAAGGCCAGUGCAGAUGUGGUCAACUUCAGACCAAACUUUGAUAUCUCCAUCCCUCUAUUCUCCAAAGAUCACCCGCUUAAAGGAGGGUCCACAGGUUAUCUGGCACUGAAUGACGCAUCGCCUUCCAGGAAAUACCAGCUGGUUUUUAAAGGGAAGAGGUACCUAACCGGCAUUGGUUCAGAGACGAGAAACGCCCUCUAUCACAUCCACAAUGGGGAAGAUGUUAUUCUACUGACCACAUGUAAACAUGGCAAAGACUGGGAGAAACACAAAGACUCCCGCUGUGACCGAGAUAAUGAAGACUACUCAAAGUUCGACUACCAGGAGCUGCUUCACAACUCUAGUUUCUGCUUGGUGCCGCGGGGGCGUCGUCUAGGAUCCUUUCGCUUCCUGGAAGCUUUACAGGCCGCUUGCAUUCCUGUUAUUCUGAGUAACGGCUGGGAGCUUCCAUUCUCUGAAGUAAUUGACUGGAGGAAAGCCGCCAUCAUUGGAGAUGAGAAAUUGCUGUUACAGGUUCCCUCAAUUACCCGAUCCGUGGGCCGUGACAGGAUCCUGGCUCUCCGCCAGCAGAUUCAGUUCCUUUGGGAUGCCUACUUCUCCUCUGUAGCCAAAAUAGUCUUAACCACUUUGGAGAUCUUACAGGACCGAGUGGAGUCUCAUGUGACCAGAAAUCACUUGCUGUGGAAUUUCCUACCUGGCGGUCUCUUCACACUCCCACAGUUCUCAACUGACCCUGCUCAGUUCCCUUUCUACUAUGCCAUCCUGGGUAGGAGCCCAUCGCAGCAGUUUACAGCUGUGAUCCAUACGGUAACCCCUCUACAGUCCCAGAUCUCCCCUGUGGUGAAGCUCAUCAUCGCUGUGGCCAAGUCCAAGUUCUGUGCACAGAUUGUGGUUUUAUGGAACUGUGACAAGCCUAUACCUCCUCAAAAUAAGUGGCCCUCCACCAGCGUGCCUCUCACUGUCAUUGAAGGACACACCAAGACGAUGAGCAGUCGUUUUUUCCCCCACGACAUCAUCACCACCGAUGCUGUGCUCAGUCUGGAUGAAGACUCUGUCCUCUCCACCAAUGAGGUGGACUUUGCUUUUAUUGUAUGGCAAAGUUUUCCGGAGAGGAUUGUUGGUUAUCCAGCAAGGAGCCACUACUGGGAUAGUUCCAGAUCACGGUGGGGCUACACCUCCAAGUGGACAAAUGACUACUCCAUGGUACUUACAGGAGCAGCUUUUUACCACAGAUACUACCACUACCUGUUCACUCACUACAUCCCAGCCAGCCUGCUGACCAUGGUGGACCACAUGGCAAACUGUGAAGACAUCCUGAUGAACUUUCUGGUUUCAGCCAUCACCAAACAGCCACCAAUCAAAGUCACACAGAAGAAGCAGUACAAGGAGACUAUGAUGGGCCAGGGCUCCAAGGCAUCUCGUUGGGCUGACCCAGACCAUUUCACACAGCGACAGACCUGCAUGAACGCAUUUAGCCGUUGGCUAGGUUUCAUGCCUUUGUUGCACUCCCAGAUGAGGCUGGACCCUGUCCUAUUCAGGGAUCAAGUGUCUAUACUGAGGAAGAAAUACAGAGACAUUGAGAGACUCUGAAGGCGACACUCAAACAGCAAUUCACAGAGGCUUAUCAGGAACGUGGGUGGGUCUGGACUUCAUGUUCAGGAGGACAAAAAUAUACACUGGAUGGGAUUCUACGAGAAGGACAACUUGCAUACAAAAGAUAAAAAGUGAUGUAUAUGGAGGAAAACCAACUGCUUGUUUUUUAUGAAAAAUGUGAGAAAUCUGUGGCAGAGCAACGAGCAAGUGUGCAACCCUGAGAGGUAAAAACUGGUCCCCCACAUCAUUAAAACCAUCGGUUGUAUGUGGAGCAGGUCUCUGUUCUGCAAACAGCUGAAAGGAUAAUGUGACGGUGUCCCAAGAUUUGAUUUGUGGUUGCUUCACCAGGAUAAUCCAAUUCAACACCUCUCACUGUUUGCUUUUCCAGUCAAUUUUAUGCAGUGAGAUAAUCAAUUACUCAUACUCGGUUUUAAUGUUGUGGCUGAUCAAUGUAUGUGAAUGCAUGAAGGAAGGAAACAUGCAACAAAAACUUAGACACAUUCUAGACAUUCACUAUUGAAGACAGAAGGUAUGUGUUUCAUGGCCUGAAGAAGGCAAGUAUACUGUGCAGCACAUGAAAUAUGUUUAAAAAAAAGAAAGAAAUAUUGCCAGAGUCAAAUGCCUCAUGCUGAGGUUAGAUGUGUACAGAAAUCACCCAAAGUGGACAAAAAGAAUGAAACUCCCACAGUCAAAAGCUAUAUGACACUUGUAUGCUAUUGUAGAUUUUCAGCAGCAGCUGCUCGCUGUAUAAAUCCAAUAAAAAUUAAAUAAAGAGAUCUUAUAUAGAAGAGAA